AUGCAUCAACUUUCACAAUCGUUACCUUUAAAUGAAUUUUCUCAAUUCAGCCAGCAAUCAUCCUUUCAUCUGCCAUCGCAACAAUCGCAUCGCCAUCGACGAAAAUCUCGAUCAUCGCCGCAACAAUCGCCACUUCAUCAACAACAGCCUCCGUCGGGGUACGUCACAGUGAACGUCGGAGGCGAGAAACAUAAAAUUUCGUGGGCUUGCUUAGGCCGCCUCCCACACGCCAGAUUGGGCAAACUUUGUAGAUGCACCACCAUCAAACAAAUCAAAGAUCUUUGUGAUGACUUCAACCUAAGCAAAGGCGAAACUGAAUUCUUUUUCGACAGACACCCAAAAUCUUUUGAUGUUAUUGUCAAUUUCUACAGAACUGGCAAGUUACAUUUGAUAGCCGAUGAAAGUUGUAUACUUGCAUUUGCAGAGGACCUCGCAUAUUGGGGCAUUGAUGAGUUGUAUUUGGAGUCUUGCUGUCAACAAAAAUACUUUCAAAGAAGGGAGCAGGUGUUUGAUGAUUGUAAAAAAGAAAAUGAAUAUCUUUCUAACAACGAUGACGACGACAAUGGUGUUAACAACACCAGCUGCAGAAACAAAUUUUGUGAUAUUUAUGAAAGUUACAAGAAAAGAAUUUGGAACAUAAUGGAAAAGCCUAAGUUUUCAAAAGCUGCAAGAGUUGUGGCAAUGGUAUCUGUUUUCUUUAUAUUACUGUCAACAGUAGCACUAACUUUAAACACGGUGCCAUACUUUCAGGGUGAAAAUCAUACCGAAAAUGAACAUUUAGUGAGGGUUGAGGCAGCUUGUAUAUGUUGGUUUACAAUCGAAUACGUUACACGGCUUUGGGCCGCACCUGAAAAGAGUAAAUUUCUGAAAGGUCCAUUAAAUCUGAUUGAUCUGUUGGCGAUGUUGCCGUAUUACGUCAGUUUGUUUCUUUCAGAAGAAAAGUACAAAGGUCAAGAACAGUUCAACAAUAUUAAACGACUUGUUCAAAUUUUCAGAAUAAUGAGAAUUUUUAGAAUUUUAAAACUUGCCCGGCAUUCUAUAGGACUUCAAUCUUUAGGCUACACCAUGCAUAGAAGUUACAAAGAAUUAGGCCUACUAGUCAGUUUCAUCUCCAUCGGAAUUUUAAUAUUUUCAAGUUUGGCAUAUUUUGCUGAAAAGGAUUUCCAUGGAACUAAGUUUCUUAGCAUUCCAGAAACAUUUUGGUGGGCAGCCAUAACUAUGACAACGGUUGGUUACGGUGACAUUUAUCCACAAACUCCUUGGGGUAAACUAGUUGGAAGUCUCUGUUGCAUCUGUGGAGUGCUCGUGAUAGCCAUGCCUAUUCCAAUCAUAGUGAACAACUUUGGAGAAUAUUACAAAGACCAGGUGAGUUUUUAUAAACGAUUUUUAGAGAAGCAAUGA